CAUCUGCUUGCUUCAUUCGGCGGUAGCGACGACGUGCGGAGCACUGAUGAUGUUCUACCUGAACGAAAUCUCUGUGUUUGGUCACGGGCCGGAGACUGCAAGGAAACUGCAGGGCUCGACGCCUCACGAUCAGCUCCUGAUCCAGAUCUCGGACUCCUUCGCGGGAUUGCUAUUGUUUGCCAUAGGAUUCCUCCUCUUCAUGGUUUCCUUCGUCAAGGACCGCGACUUUCAGACUUUCUUCGCUAAAGGCUGCAUCCUUCUCCAUGUUUUCAUGGCCCUUUGGCGCAUCAGCUUUGAGAGGCACCUGGAGGAUCUCGCCCGCGACUGGCCUCGCCAGCUAGUUGGCGACGUUGUUCUCAGUCUAUCCUGGUUGUUUUUCCUCGUUUAUUCAUGGAGAGAGAAGUACGACUGACUGAACGGAUUAAUCGACUGUUCAUCGUCGUCUAGACCGGAGCUUAAGACUGGCUAUGGGGUCAACUCUCUGUUACAUACUUACAAAUCCGUCAGGAAGACGACGAUGAUGAGAAAGGCAACUGAGAUGCGGUGAGAAAUAUUUUUCGCUUCUGGAUUCCGAAUCUUUUAUUUGAUCUGUUUACUAAAAAUCUGUACUUGAUCUAUUCUGAGUGAUCACUGAUGUACAAGGAAGUCAAUUUACAUAAAACUUGUAUUAUUUGAUCAAGGUUGAAGAUGAAUUUCUU